GGACGGAGAGAGCGAGAAAGAGAAGAGCAUCUCGGAUGAGUGACCAAACCGUAUCCGUUUCUUCGCUAGAUGACAACACUCAACACCACUCUCUCUGUGAUUUCAAUUCAAUCUCUUCUUCUUCUUCCUGCUUCUCCUCCUCCUCCUUCCCCUUUCAGUUAAAUUUAGAGUUGAGGUCAAUAAUAAUUUCUUACCUAAUUUUGAUUUUGAUUUUGACUCCAAUUCUCCCUCUGAACGACAACAACGAGAAGAAGAUGACGAGCACUACUGCUAGUACAGUUUCUUCGGUUAUCAACAGGAUUUGGAAUUCUAACUCUUCUAAUUCAACAUCAACAACAACAACAACCAGAGGCGGUACUAAUCAUCUAUUAUUUGGGGGAUUUCGAGGGAGUAUUGCUACUAGUAGUAGCUCUAUGCUGCUGCCUCGGUCUUUAAAAUCUCAUCAAACACCUACUGCUAGGACGACCAACAAGAAGAAGAACAAUUCUCCUCGAAGACCUAAUUUACAGGUUGUGUGUAUGGAUUAUCCAAGACCUGAACUCGACAACACUGUUAAUUACUUGGAAGCUGCUUAUUUUUCAUCUUCCUUCACUGUUUCUCCAAGACCUAAUAAGCCUUUGACUGUUGUCAUUGCUGGUGCAGGCUUGGCUGGUUUGUCAACCGCAAAAUACCUGGCAGAUGCAGGGCACAAACCCAUACUCCUGGAAGCAAGAGAUGUUCUCGGUGGGAAGGUAGCUGCAUGGAAGGAUGAUGAUGGAGACUGGUAUGAAACCGGACUACACAUAUUUUUUGGAGCUUACCCAAACGUGCAGAAUUUGUUUGGAGAACUUGGUAUUAGUGAUCGACUGCAGUGGAAGGAACAUUCUAUGAUUUUUGCAAUGCCUAGCAAGCCAGGGGAAUUCAGCCGAUUCGAUUUCCCUGACGUUCUUCCUGCACCCUUAAAUGGAAUCUGGGCAAUCUUAAGAAACAAUGAAAUGCUCACAUGGCCUGAGAAGAUACGGUUUGCUAUUGGACUCUUACCAGCAAUGGUUGGUGGACAGGCUUAUGUGGAGGCUCAAGAUGGCUUCACCGUUAAAGACUGGAUGAGGAAACAGGGUGUACCUGAUCGAGUGACUGAUGAGGUGUUCAUUGCCAUGUCAAAGGCAUUAAACUUCAUAAACCCAGAUGAGCUUUCGAUGCAGUGCAUUUUGAUAGCUUUGAACCGUUUCCUUCAGGAAAAGCAUGGUUCCAAGAUGGCCUUUUUAGAUGGUAAUCCUCCCGAGAGACUUUGCAAGCCGGUCGUGGAUCAUAUAGAGUCACUUGGCGGUGAAGUCCGUCUCAAUUCCAGGAUUAAAAAGAUUGAGCUUAAAAAAGAUGGUACUGUGAAACGUCUAAUGCUCACCAACGGUGAUGCAAUAGAAGGAGAUGCUUAUGUCAUUGCAACCCCAGUGGACAUCCUAAAGCUGCUUAUACCCGAGGAGUGGAAAGAAGUUGGGUACUUUAAAAGAUUGGAUAAAUUAGUUGGAGUUCCUGUGAUUAACGUCCAUAUAUGGUUUGACAGGAAAUUGAAAAAUACAUAUGAUCAUCUUCUCUUCAGCAGAAGUCCCCUCUUAAGCGUAUACGCUGACAUGUCAGUGACAUGCAAGGAAUAUUAUGACCCAAACAAAUCCAUGCUUGAGUUGGUAUUUGCACCCGCUGAGGAAUGGAUCUCGCGCAGUGACUCUGAAAUUAUUGAAGCUACUAUGCAGGAGCUUGCGAAACUCUUUCCUGACGAAAUUGCCGCAGACCAGAGCAAAGCAAAAAUAUUGAAAUACCACAUUGUUAAAACACCAAGGUCUGUUUAUAAAACCAUUCCUGAUUGUGAGCCGGCACGUCCAUUACAAAGAUCUCCCAUAGAGGGUUUCUAUUUGGCUGGGGACUACACGAAGCAAAAGUAUUUGGCAUCAAUGGAAGGUGCAGUUUUAUCUGGAAAGCUCUGUGCGCAAGCUAUUGUGAAGGAUUGUGAGAUGCUUGCUGCUCGGGUAGAAGAAAAAACUACAGCAGAAGCAACUGUUGCUUAAACAGUUUGUCAGAAUUGAAGGCAGAAGUUUGAUACAGGAAUCUAAAUGGAACCAAUCAGGUGUUCCGUGAGGAUUUGCUGAUAUGGAGGCAGAUGCAGGUCAUUGUUGUGCAUAAAGAUUUUUAUCUUACAGAUUCAGUUGUCCAUAAAUAUGUAAAAACAUUCAUCUUGUAGUUCCAUAGAUUAAUUAUGAAUCAAAAAUUAGGUAAAUUGGAGUGGAGGGGGGACCGUUCAGUAUUGUGAUUAAUCCGCAACUAAGAAGUAGCACACAGCUUUCAUAAUCGAGCCGAGUCUACUUCCAGGUACGUACGAUCUUUUGCAAUCGUCCAGUAAUGUGAUGGUCUUCUGUGAGAAAUAAUGCAAGAGAAAA